AUGUUUCUUAAUGAAAAAACUGGAAUGCACAAUGAUUUUUCGAUUUUCUUCAAACCAUUUAAAAUAGCAGCAUGUAAACUUCUCAAAUGCAAGGAGUUUAAAGAAUUUCCUAUUCUCAAAGGACUUUCAAUGCGAUAUGUAUCAAUAGAUUCUUCAAGUAUUCGAGAGCCUCCUUGGCAUGCAAAUGCUGAUGAAUUAGGUUAUUGUUUAAAUGGUUCAGCUUUGAUUACGAUAUUCAGUAAUGAUAAUGAUCAUAAUUCAUUUCUUGUUAAACAAGAUUCUGGUUUAUCGGGAACAUUCUUUGCAAUGACAAAUACUGUGCUUGGAAAUACAUUUCAAUUACCAAGUAGUGCAUUUCAACGUAUUAAACAUUGUCGACUGGUGACUGUACUUAGAUUUAAGAACAGCUCGGUGAAGAAUGACAUUCGACAUGAAUCUGAAUUUCUAAAUAAAUAUCAUUUCAAUGCUGAAGGUUUAUCAGCUAAAAUAUUAAAUUCCAAAGGAAUUGUUAAAACCAUCACAAAGAACGUUUGGCCCGUAUUGAAAGAUGUUCCCAUAUAUUCUCUCCGAAUAACAACGAAUGGCAUGCGUGAACCUCAUCAGCACCCGGAAACAGCUGAAAUGGGCUAUGUGAUUGAAGUUUGUGCUCAUAUGACUGUUAUACAGACAAAAUGA